UAUAGUUGUAUCACGAAAAAACUUAGCCCGGUCACUUGGUCAGCCUGCGCCAGUUUCUCAACCAAUCCAACAAGAAUUUUCUUGUCAUAUCGCUGACCUAGUUCAAGUCAUAUUUGCUUUAUUUCCGGAACAAUACAAAUCCUCACUUAGCAAUAUGUCAUCUUUGUACUAUGCUUUUACUUUAUGCCAGCUUUGGACUGUAUAUUUAGAAGAAUACGUGGCUUGUAAUCCAAGUUUUGAGAUUCCAAAUGCGAACGUCAAUAUUUUGUUGGAGUUCUGGGGUAAAGUUACACCAAGCAUUCUUCAGUUACUUACGAACUCAAAAUUGAUAACAGAUAUGGUGAAUCUCCAUUUUUUGGCACUACUAGAAGCAUUCUUAGAUUGUCACACAACUUUAUUGAAUAAGCUUCUACCAAUAUGGAAUUUACUAAUAUUUUCACCCAACAUCAAGAUGCCAGUACAUGUACUUUUACGGCUACGACACUCCCGCUACGCAUACUCACAUGCCAAUUUAGACAUGGAUUAUUCUGAACGAGGGCUUAGAUCAUACUAUUUCCAUUGGUUACGAAAAUUACAGUUCAAAAUGGGUCAAAUAGAACUGCAAUCUGCUAAUGUAACGCAAUUUUAUUCAAUAUAAAAUUAUUAUUAUAAAAGCUACAAAUUUAACAG